AAACAUGCAGCAUAAGUCACGGAUUAAAAAUACAUUUGAGGAUUACUCCCCCGUCUCUCCGACUCUCACUACGCCAAACCCCAGAGCCCAUUUUUGGGAAAUCGCGGAGAAAAUGCAGAGAUGGUGUUCCAAGCUCCGAUCUGUAGCCGUUCUCCGUUCAACCCAACAAAAACCCUAUUUUCUGCCCUAUCGUCUUCUUCACUCUUCUCCCAAUCUCCUACACAAACCCCUUUUCCAUUCACUAAUUUCUUCCAAGUUUAACCAUCUUCCUUAUGCCCACAUUUCAGCUCCUCUACCCUCAAUCUCCGCUCACUCGUCUCUCUACCCUCCCUCCUUCAUGCAAGUGCGGCAUAUUACUGCAAAACAGAAGAAGAGGAAGUUGAAGAGUAGGAAACCAAUUACUCCAGUUGUAUCUAAAGUCAAGAAAAUAAAAAUCAAGGGCUACUCGUCUUUUAAGGACAGAUUUAGGGUGAUGAAAGAUGGACAGAUAAGGCGUUGGAAAGAAGGGAAACGACAUAAUGCACAUUUAAAGUCUAAGAAAGCUAAACGUAGACUGAGGAAGCCUGGUACGGUCCCUUUGGCUUACGCGAAAGUGAUGAAGAAGCUCAACUUUUGUGGUUGAAUCGCCUGAGCAUUGUAUGCUGCCUGUCCCUUGCUUGAGAGGGGUAUUUUUCUUGUAGUCCUCAUUUAAAAUUUUUAACUACCUAGAAGGUGUAGGGCAAGACUAGCUUGAUAUACCAUUUUACUUGAUUUGAGCAAUGAUGACUGACUUUGGUUUUAAAAGAGUAAUACUACAGGUAUUCUCACUUUUUAUUCUCUAUUGAGUUGACAUAUUAAGAUGGUUCUUGAAA